ACAUUCUUCUAAAAUAUUCUUCUUUAUCCAAAGAGAUAACACAUCAUGAAAACCUCACUCUUAGCAUUUUCCAUCAUAUUUUUAGCCUUCAUUUGCAAAACUAUUGCAGCACCUGAACCAGUUCUUGACAUCUCAGGCAAGAAACUAACAACAGGUAUCAAAUACUACAUUUUACCAGUCAUAAGAGGUAAAGGUGGUGGUUUAACACUUGCAAGUGAAAACAACAAUACAUGUCCACUUUAUGUUGUUCAAGAAAAGCAUGAAGUAAAGAAUGGUGAACCAGUUACUUUCACACCUUAUAAUGCUAAAAAAGGUGUGAUUCUAACCUCAACUGAUCUCAACAUAAAAUCCUAUAUAACAAAAACUACAUGUACUCAAUCAAAAGUUUGGAAGCUUCUUAAAGAGUUAACAGGGGUGUGGUUUUUGGCUACAGGGGGUGUAGAAGGAAAUCCAGGUUUUGACACUAUUUUCAAUUGGUUUAAGAUUGAGAAAGCUGAUAAAGAUUAUGUGCUUUCUUUCUGUCCUUCAGUUUCCACAACUAAGACUUUGUGUAGGGAACUAGGGUUAUAUGUUGAUGAUACUGGGAAUAAGCACUUAGCUUUGAGUGAUAAAGUUCCAUCAUUUAGGGUUGUGUUUAAAAGGAGAAACAUGAAAACCUCACUCUUAGCAUUUUCCAUCAUAUUUUUAGCCUUAAUUUGCAAAUCUAUUGCAGCACCUGAACCAGUUCUUGACAUCUCAGGCAAGAAACUAACAACAGGUGUCAAAUACUACAUUUUACCAGUCAUAAGAGGCAAAGGUGGUGGUUUAACAGUUACAAAUACACUACAUGUUCUCAAAUCUCAAUCACAAGUUUGGAAGCUUCUUAAAGUGUUGACAGGGGUGUGGUUUUUAGCUACAGGGGGUGUAGAAGGUAAUCCAGGUUUUGACACUAUUUUCAAUUGGUUUAAGAUUGAGAAAGCUGAUAAAGAUUAUGUGCUUUCUUUCUGUCCUUCAGUUUCCACAACUAAGACUUUGUGUAGGGAACUAGGGUUAUAUAUUGAUGAUACUGGGAAUAAGCACUUAGCUCUUAGUGAUAAAGUUCCAUCAUUUAGGGUUGUCUCCAUCCAUCACAAACCAAAACAUACAAAUUACUUACUAAAUUCAAUCAUAUACAAAACAAUGAAAAUCACAUUGCUUGCAUUUGUCCUUUUUGCCUUCUUGAGCACAAAACCACUGCUUGGAGCAGCUGAUGCUUCAAAUGACCAAGUGGUUGACACAUUAGGCAAAAAACUCCGAGCUGAUACUAAUUACUAUAUUCUUCCGGUUAUACCCAUUUCUAGAUGCAGACCUUAUGAAAAAUGUAGAAGUAGUGGUGCAAGUCUUGGCCUUGCUAGUAUUAGACAAAGUUUCCCCCUUGUUGUUGUUAAUCGAUAUCAAGGAUUGUCACUUACUUUUAAACCUGUUAACCCAAAAAAGGGUGUUAUUCGUGUUUCUACUGAUUUAAACAUCAAAUUUUCAUCUUGUACUAUUAGUCCACUGUAUUCCGGAGUGUGGAAGCUUGAUCGUUUUGAUUUUUCUAAGAGACGGUGGUUUGUGACUACCGGCAGUGUUGUAGGAAAACCAGGUCGGGAAACUAUCAAUAAUUGGUUCAAGAUUAAGAAGUAUGGUGAUGCUUAUAAGUUGGUGUAUUGUCCUAGUGUGGUGCAAUCUUUCAAGCAUUUGUGUAAGGAUGUUGGUGUGUUUGUGGAUGAAAAGGGAAAUAAGCGUUUGGCACUAAGUGAUGUUCCCCUCAAAGUUAAAUUUCAACAAGCUUGAUCUAUAAGCUUCUCUUAAUAGUAUGCAUAAA